CGCUCACGCAGAACAACAAUGGGCAAUUACGCUAAAACCACAUCACAAAAUGACCGAGUUGCACUAUUUCUCACAGCUCUCUUUUUCGUGAUCCUAUCAGUUUCCGGACCGGUCACAGCUCAGAACUGUGGCUGCGCGUCUGGCUUAUGUUGCAGCCAAUAUGGUUACUGCGGUACGACCGACGAAUUCUGCGGCAAGGGCUGCCAGGCAGGACCUUGCCAAAGCGGUGGAGGAGGUGGAGAUCCUUCUGUUUCACUUGAAGGAACGGUGACACCAGAGUUCUUUAACUCUAUAACAAACCAAAGAGGUGAUUGUGCAGGUAAAGGAUUCUACAGUCGCGACACCUUCAUUGCCGCAGCUAAUUCCUACCCUAGCUUCGGUGCGUCCAUCUCCAAACGUGAAAUCGCUGCCUUCUUCGCUCACGUCGCCCAAGAAACAGCGUCUCUGUGCUACAUUGAGGAAAUCGAUGGACCAGCCAAGGCCGAAAAAGGAGAAUACUGCGACUUAGAGAAACAAGAAUUCCCAUGUGCACCAGGAAAGGGUUACUAUGGUCGUGGUGCGAUCCAGCUCUCUUGGAACUACAACUACGGUCUUUGUGGCAGAGACCUGAAGGAAAACAUAUUGGCUUCACCAGAGAAAGUGGCUCAAGAUCCAGUUCUUGCCUUCAAAACGGCUUUCUGGUUUUGGACCACUAAUGUUCGCACGAGUUUUAAAUCAGGCUUUGGAGCGACUAUCAGGGCUGUGAAUAGCAGGGAGUGUAGCGGAGGAGAUUCUACAGAGAAAGCCGCCAACAGAGUAAAGUAUUUCCAAGACUAUUGUGCCAAGCUUGGAGUUAUACCUGGAGAUAACCUCACUUGUUAGGGUUUACACUCUCUAUUCAUCGGAAUUUAGAAACAGCCAAUGAUAUGGCAAUUUGAGAAUAAGACAUCACAUAAGAAAAAUAUAUCAUAUCAGUAUGACGGUAUACAUUAAUAGUGUUUUAUAAUGCCAAUAAAAAGAUUCCUAUUUAUAAACAUAAAAUUGAUUUCCAAUAAACGUCUACUUGCAGUAUAAAUAAUAA